AUGGAGCUUGAACUUGGCUUAGGCCUACCAAUCCGCUAUCCCAUGAAGGGUUUGGAUCUAAAUAACAACGAGAAACGCUGCUUCGAAGAGGCUAUUGAUAUUCCUGAGAAGACAGAAGAUGAAACGCAAAUGCUACAUUUACAGCUAUGGAGUAGUGGCAAUGAUGAUCAUAAGGGAGGACAGAAGAGGAGAGCCUACUCUCCCAUCGCCAAGGAUGAUGAAGAGAUAAAUGUUAAGACAAGGAGGAAGAAUGAGUCGCUAAUUGAUCAUCAUCACCAGCAUCAGUGGAACCAGAACUACUUUGUUGAAGAAAAUUAUAUUGGUGAUUCUAGUAACUCCAUCUCCAUGUAUGUGAAGGUGAAGAUGGAAGGGGUGGCAAUUGUGAGGAAAAUUGAUUUGAUGUUGUACAACUCUUAUCAGACACUCACAAAUUCCUUGAUCAACAUGUUUUCUAAAUGCUAUAAACAUGAGAAAGAUGAAGAUGAUCAUGUCCGUUAUACACUGACCUACCAAGACAAACAAGGAGAUUGGCUUCUUGCAGGAGAUGUUCCAUGGCAGAGUUUCAUCAAGUCAGUGCGUCGUUUACAGAUAAUAAGGAGUAGAACCAUGGAGGCUGACAUGGGUUGAUUUGGUUGCAUGGACCAAGUGAAAGCAGCAGAGUCAUGGUCGGACUAAAUAAGGAGCAAACUUAGUUGAUCGGCUUGUUCAAUUAAUUAGUUUCCCGUCAAAGUAUUUUGUUUAAUUAGUACAAGUUUUCGCCUUCCCUGUAUUUGAAUUUAACAGCUUAUGAAUCAAAUAUCUGUAACUCAAAAUAUUUACUAGUUA